CAGCUGUCCAAACAAAUUGACUGUUGUCAAACAGUGGGCAUAAAAGUAUGAAAAAUACUUGGAAAAAGCCAAAAGAAUGUGCAUUACAACGUAAAACCGAACCAUCUUGCAAUUGAAAUAAUGCAUUCUAUCCACUAGUCAAGGAGCAGUGCUUUCGCGAGCUUCGCCAAACUUCGAACGAUACUGUGGUGAAGGAAAGCAUCGAGACGCGCUCGUACCGUACGGCAGCUUGUCUAUUGUUUUGCGUCUGCCAGAGAGUGCAGUUCGGUUUUCCGGAGCGUUCGUCGUUUGGUCGGGUCAGCCAAGUGGAAAAUUCUUAAACCAACGAAGCACAAAAUAAACUCGCUCUGUGUUUUUGUGGAAGCUACAAAGAUCAAUAACCUUGCGGUCUGUACACCGUGUGUGGUGUGGCCAGUUCCGGUGGCCGAACGAGAACCGUGUGUGCGUGCGCGUAUGGUGUAAGAAUUGUUGGGGUGGUUUUUGGGGGUUUCGAUUAACUAAGUUUUCACAGAGUGGUGUGCACUCUUUUCUAUUGCACCUCGGUAAUUGGUUAAAGUCGUGAAAAGUGUGUUGUAGUGCAAAGGGUGCUGUGAUUGAUAACUGCUUAGUGUGCGUGUGUGUGUAUCCGACAACCGAGAACAUCCGAAAAGCUGUUGUUUGCUCUUGAAACCAAAAUAAAAAAGGAGGCUGCAGCAUGAGUGCGACCGAUGGCGGUGGGGCCGAGCUGAGGCGAAGGUUACUAGCGGAAGGCGAUGCCAGCCAGCAACAGCAGCAGGAAAGCCCUAAACAACAGCAGCAACCACCAGCGGAGUGUGCCACCACGGAAAACUCCGACCAUGUUGAUUCGGAAACCGAAACAGAGGAACGUUUGCCGGAGGAAAAGUAUGUGGAAGAGAUGGCCAAAAACCUUCCCCAGGGAACGAACAAAAUGCCCGAGGUUUUGGGUCAAGCGUUGAGCGGUCUGCCGGAUAGAUGGAAGAACUGGGUGAUACGUGGCAUCUUUACGAUGAUUAUGAUCAGUGGAUUUUGCUUGAUCAUCUACGGUGGACCUUUGGCACUGAUGGUUACGGCUCUCGCUGUUCAGGUGAAAUGUUUCCAGGAGAUCAUUUCGAUUGGUUACUCCGUGUACCGUAUUCAUGGAUUGCCGUGGUUCCGCAGUCUGUCCUGGUACUUCCUGCUAACAUCCAACUACUUCUUCUACGGUGAAAAUCUGGUCGAUUACUUUGGUGUUGCAGUUAGCCGUGUGGACUCACUGCGUUUUCUAGUCAAAUAUCAUCGCUUCCUGUCAUUCUGCUUGUACUGCAUCGGGUUCGUUUGGUUCGUGCUGUCACUCGUGAAGAAGUACUACAUGAAACAGUUCAGCCUUUUCGCCUGGACACACGUUGCGCUGCUGAUAGUGGUGACCCAGAGCUACCUGAUCAUACAGAACAUAUUUGAAGGAUUGAUCUGGUUUAUCGUACCGGUUUCGAUGAUCGUUUGUAACGAUGUGAUGGCGUACAUGUUUGGGUUCUUCUUCGGCCGCACACCUCUGAUACAGCUCAGCCCCAAGAAAACUUGGGAAGGGUUCAUUGGUGGUGGAUUUGCGACCGUUAUCUUCGGUCUGGUUGCAUCGUACUUCCUGUGCCAGUUCCAGUUCUUCGUCUGCCCGAUUGAGUACUCGGAAGCGGAGGGACGUAUGAUAAUUCAGUGUGAACCGAGCUAUUUGUUCCGACCACAGGAGUAUAGCAUCGCAUUGGUAUGUAUGCAGUAUUUUGGUGGAAGAAGCGAGAUCAGCUGGGUUCUAACGAUUGUUCUUUAUUAUUUUCAGUUUGGCGCUAGCAAAACUAUCACGAUGUAUCCUUUCCUGCUCCAUUCGCUCUCGAUGAGCAUCUUUAGCUCGGUAAUUGGACCAUUCGGUGGCUUCUUUGCCUCUGGAUUUAAGCGUGCGUUUAAGAUUAAGGACUUUGGAGAUAUGAUUCCCGGACAUGGUGGCAUUAUGGAUCGUUUCGAUUGUCAAUUCUUGAUGGCAACGUUUGUAAACGUAUACAUCUCUAGCUUUAUUCGUUAUGCUUCCCCGCAAAAGCUACUAAAUAUGGUGUACAACCUGAAACCAGAAGAGCAGCUGCAACUAUUCAAUCAGCUAAAGGACAGCCUGGAGGAGCGCAAUAUCAUCAAUUUAAAUUAAGUUCUCGGACGAGCGUGAACCAAGUUACCCGUUGGCGCUGUUAUUGUUGUAUUAUGUGUACGGUUUUUUUUUCAUUUUUUUUGUUUUGUUUUGUUUAACCUUUUUUACGCUUAGUUAUUUACCUCUUCUGCCAUUCGAAAGCAAUGGUAAACGACCAUUCUCGAAAUGGGAAUCAGCAAACGACGCUUGAACUUUUUGUUUAAUGACUUAUGCUACCAUUAGGCAAAUGGUCUUAUUGUUUACAUCGUUGCGAGAGUUUAAGUGCAUUAGGUGAACAUUCUGUAUCGCUCCCUCUCUCUCGGACGUCACAAAGAAACGAGCCCCAAAACAGAACAAAAUCAAUCAAUGAUCUCUGGGUUCACGUAUGUACCGGCCGCCAACCAUAAUCCUCUCACAUAGCUGUCUACUGACGGUCGGAUGCAGGCGAUUAUUCGCCAGCUUUGGCCCAACAGUAUUCUGCUUGUGUGGCAAAGAUAGAUACAAUUUUUAUAAAGAGCUUUGUUCGAACUUUCCUUUACUUUUACAACGGUACCUUCAGGUUUGAGGGAGCGAUUGAGUGAUGCUUGGUUUGGUUGUAAGUUAUUAUUAAUAAAGAAAUCAACAGCUGGACGGAGAAUGGAUAUUUAAGGAAAACAAAACAACAAAAUCGAAAACGGAGGACAUUUAUUUGCAGUAUUCACACAAGAAAGGGCAAUUGCAUAAAUGCCGGUAAAUUGUUCAUUAUUGCGAUGGAAAAACAAAAGAAGAACAUAUUUACAUCGAAAGGACAAAAUUUGUGCUUGGCUUUGGAAAGCUGCAAAGAAGAUGAUUCAAACUAGUUGGUGACUAGAAGAAUAAUACAUGUAAUAAAUGUACGGUAGUGUUGAUAAAAAAAAGGGAAAUUUAGUGUAUGUGAAAAGCCAAAGGAAGGGCCCGAAGCAUAAUCGCAUAUAUUUAAUCGAACUGAAAUCCAGGCUUUCAUUCCGUAAUUCGAGUGAUGUCUUGGGAGGAGAGAGAGAGAAAUAGUUUUGUGCAAUAAUAUAUUAUAUACACCUGUGUGUAGCUGUAUGGAACUGAAUGGAAACCGUGUGUGGAGAGAGGUACAAUUCAUGAUUACCAGAGCAUAUAUCGCAUUACGUAACACAAACAUACACAUACACACACAAACACUCUCACAUUAGUGUAAGAAGCGAUUUAUUCAUUUGGCAAAGGGAUAAGGCCUAGUCCCCCCGCGCGCGCGCGGAUAAAACAUCCUCCCCGGCUUGCAAUCCAAAACAUAAAGGGUAGAUUAGGAAGCAAAAGAGAGGUAUCGAAUGUGUAGGUUUGUUUUUAUAACCAUUCAUAUAUUGCGAAUACCCCCCCGCAAAGUUCCCCGCUAACCCUGCUGGAAAAAAUGGCCACAUUCCAGGAAAAGGGAGGUUUGAAGGCCUGCGCGCACCAUAUUGUAACGAUCUUUUUUUGUUGGAGAAGUUGCGCGAGAUCUGCCAAUCAUCUUCAAUUUAGCUAAAUGUCUCGAUGAAUACAUUCAGAAACACUGACUGUGUAGUAGCAAUGUAAGUUAGUAGGACGUGCGGUUCGUGCGGCCAAACUGAAUUAAUACGUUUUUUGAUGUUUUACCUAACAGCGGGCGCAUGGUGGCCCCCCUGCGGUAAGUGUAAGGGGAACGUCCAACACAAAUAGACCUAUAUCCACACGGUAGCGUGCGUAUCGAUGUUUAGAAUUGGUUUAUUUUAUAUAUCAACGUUUAAUAAAGCAAUUGAAGAAACAAAACUAUAAUCGCGGCAAAUAGCUGCAUUGGUCCUCCAGAACGCAGAUAAUCAGCGGCUCUUCGGAGUGGUCUAAUGGUAGAUUGUAAACGACACCAAUUAAGCUAUUUGUUUCGAUUUGUUGCUAUUUUUCCAUUUUCCGCUAGUUGUUGUAAAACGUCAUCGUUAUUGUUUUCAGCAGUAGUUUCUACUGCAUGAAGAAUAGCAACUAUAUAGUUAGGUUCAAUUAUAUUUAAUUUUUAUAUCACGUUUCACAACUGUCUGUUAUUCGGCGCUGGUAAUCGCAUUCGAAACCAAGCGGAAACACUUAGGCAAACCAAAACGGAAAGAACAAAUACAAAUACAAAAGAAAUACAAUAUUUAGCAAACAGAGACACUCUAAACCAUGUUAAUCUCGUGUAAUCGUGUAAUUGCAAGCAAGGGGCAAACCAACUUAUUGUAAACUUCCCGAACCGGCAGCGUUGCAGACAACCCAUGAGAGAAAAAUGUUGGGAGUGUUAGUCAAAACCGUAAUCAUCGUGUUAGUGUUUUCCUUCCCCACAAGGCAAGGAAAGAUAUUGUCCGUAUUGACCCAUCGGGUACGCGUAACGUAGGUUUCGAGAAAGUUUAACGAAACUUGUGCAUAAGAUGGGAAAUUAUAUAUACAUACAUUACUCUAAUCUCCCCUUUGUACACUCUGAAAAGUGUAACAAUAAAGUGCAACGUUGUCCCUCUG